GCGUUUACCACAAAAAAAACCCCAUUUGUCGUAUCACCGCUCUUCGAGAACACUUCUCUUAAAGCCGCGCCUAGUAUCGGAAUACUGGGUCUCGAAAUCUCGAGCGAUUGCCAAUUUCGUAGUCAUCUGGAAGGCAAAGCCAAAUCGGCUUCAAAGAAACUGGGCGUCAUUAAUAGAGCACGGCAAUACUUCAAGCCGGCCCAAAUACUAGCGCUCUACAAAGCGCAGGUCCGGCCACACAUGGAGUAUUGUUGUCAUCUCUGGUCUGGCGCACUCCAGUAUCAGCUCGAUCCAUUUGACCGCGUGCAACGCAGAGCAGCUCAAAUUGUCGGGGACCCAGUGCUCUGUGAACGGCUGGAUCACUUGGCGUUGCGUAGAGACGUCGCUUCAUUGUGUGUCUUAUACCGCAUUUAUCACGGGGAGUGUUCCGAAGAGCUGUUUAACCUGAUUCCUGCCGCCGAAUUCCACCUUCGCACGACACGCCACAAGUUAGGAUAUCAUCCUCACCAUCUGGAAAUGUGGCGGUCCUCCACAAUGCGGUUUUCUAGGAGCUUUCUUCCACGUGCUACAAAGCUAUGGAAUGAGCUUCCUUGUGCGGUGUUUCAGGGACGAUACGACAUGGGUACCUUC